AUGGAUCAAUCCGUGUACUGGGAUGCUCCCGAGUAUCAACCUCUGCAGGGCGACGCACGUGAGGAGGAGCUUCCCUUCGUGGACGUUCCCUUGCACGACAACCCGCCUCCUGCCUCCACCUCUCCCUCUCCUGUCCACGAUGCUGAUGACGAAUGGGACUUUCUAGACCAGCAGCGGUUUGACGCUCCGAACACCCCUUCGUCCACGAGCGAGGAUGCGCCUCAACAACCCGCCUUCGACCGCAACGUUGGCAGUGACGACGAGGUCGAAGCCCCAGAGCAGGCUGCUCCUCGGCGCAAACCUGGCGGCUACGAGAGUCGAAUCGAACAGAUCUUGUACGAGAACCCGAGCCUGCCUAUCCUGAUUACAGAUGCGGGCAAGAGCGCAGAGAGUGGUGGGAAGUACAUCGUCUACACCAUCCGCACAGGUAACCUCGAGGUCCGCCGCCGAUACUCCGAGUUCGCGACCCUUCGCGACGCGCUCACUAGGCUUCAUCCCACCCUCAUCAUCCCCCCCAUCCCUGAGAAGCACACCAUGGCCGACUAUGCGGCCAACCCCACCAACGCGAAGCAGGAUCAGCAGAUCAUCGACCUGCGAAAGCGCAUGCUAGCCGUGUUCCUAAACCGCUGCCGCGUGAUGAACGAAGUCAGAGAAGACGGUGUCUGGUGGCGGUUCCUUGACCCUAACGCUAGCUGGAGCGAGGUCCUCAACUCACAUCCCAUCUCGUCCAUCCCGAAGUCGGUCCUGAGGGCCCCGCCCCUGGAUCCCGCCAACGCUUCUGCCGCCCACAGCUAUCUCCCUGUGCCCUCGAGCUCAGCCAAACUCAAGGCUGGCGGAGGUCACGCCGACCCCUCAUCGUCUUAUGGACAGGGAACUCCCCAUGGCCGUUUCCCGCCCGACAACAGCAACCUCACCGAGGAGCAGCUUGAUCCUUACUUUAAUGCAUUUGAAGCUUCCAGCAAGGACCUCGAGUCACUCCUCACAGGUCCGAUGGAAAAGGUCAACCGCCGAACCGUCAGCCAUCUGCAGUCUCUGGCUGCCGACCUGUGCGAUCUCGGCUCCCGCUUCAACGGUUUUGCCCUGUCAGAGCCGUCAGCCACGCUCGGUCCAGCCAUCGAGAGGGUCGGCCAGGCCGCUGACUCUUCCUACAUUGCGACAGAGGAGCUGGCGGGCUCCCUAGGAGCUAGCUUUGCAGAGCCGAUGCGCGAGAGUGCGCAAUUCGCCGGAGUUGUCCGGAAUGUACUCAAGUACCGCCAGUUGAAGCGUAUUCAGCAGGAGCAGACGAAUGAUGAGCUGAACAGAAAGAAGGCGCAGCUGGAGGAGCUUGAGCGGAGCGAAGCUGAGUCGAGGCGCAUCGAGCAAUACCUUAACAGCAGUCAGGUGCACACGCCUCCGCCCAAGCGAUCGACCAGUCUUAGAGAGACGGGCACCUCGCCACAGUACUCAAGGGAGACUGAGGACACAGCCUCGAUUGAUUCCGACUUCCCUCCGACACACGGCGAACCAGCUCCUUCGGCAAGUCAAGGCAUCCCGCAGAGAAGCAACUCAAGCCCUGGCCAUAGAAAGGUACAGAGCAACAACUCGAUCACCAACAAGAUCUUUGGUCCCAUCCGCCACGCCAUCCAGGGUGUCGCGGACGUCGAUCCCGAGAGAACCCGUCGCGACCUUAUCGGUAAGACACGGGAGAGCAUUGAGCAGCUGCAGCAGGCACAGGUUGCGUCCGAGCACGACGUGCAGGAUGCCAGUCUCAGCAUCCUGACGGACCUCAAGAGGUUCCAGGCGGACAAGGAAGAAGAUCUUCGCCGCUACAUGUUGGCGUACGCGAAGAGUCAGAUUGAAUGGGCGAAGAAGAACCAGGAGACCUGGAAGGAGGCCAAGGCCGAGAUCGACAAGAUCGACGAAAAUAAUGUGACACGAAGCGCUGCUGAACAUAGAACGCCCUCGGCACCCAAAGUUGACUUCAUCUUUGUCCACGGCCUCGGAGGAGGUUCGAGAAAAACCUGGAGCAAGUCAGGCCUCCAAUCUCAUUACUGGCCCCAGGAGUGGCUGUCCAAGGAUGCCGCCUUUAAGCAUGUUCGCGUUCAUAGUUAUGGAUAUGAUUCGGACUAUCUCAAAGGCAAAGAAGAUUGCCUGAACGUUCACCACAUUGGCAAAUCGCUGCUUGCCGCCAUCAGUACAUCGCCAUUUCUGGCCAAUUCCGACACACGCAUUGUCGCCAUCGGUCAUAGUAUGGGAGGCCUGGUAAUCAAGAAAGCAUAUCUUUUGGCCAAGCAAGACAUAACGCAGCAAUCACUAGCCAGUCGCUUUAGCACUAUUUACUUUCUCGCGACGCCGCAUCGCGGCGCCGACUCAGCGACGACACUGAGGAGUAUCCUCAAGGUUGCUUACGACCGAGCCUAUGUCGGAGACUUGGAGCGAAACUCGUCCGCUAUCCAGAUCAUCAAUGACGAGUUUCGACACUACUCGUCUGGCCUCGAGCUCUGGUCAUUCUAUGAAACCCAGAACAUGAGGCUUUUCAACAGUUUGAUCGUCGAUCCGGAAUCGGCAGUUCUGGGGUAUAGCGGGGAGCAUCAAGUGCCCAUGAACGCUGAUCAUCGAUCAAUUUGCAAGUUCGACUCGUCAAUCGACGUCACCUACACUACCCUGCGAAAUGCGCUUGCCAUGACUGUAGAUCGACUAGCCACUGUUGUUCCUGAGCAGAAGAAACAAGAGAUGCGCAACAGAAUCCGCGACCUCAAGACAUAUCUGGACAUUUCCGAUAUUAUCGACGACGACUUCCUUAGUGUCUGCGAGUCUCGCUUGAAAAACACCUGUCAAUGGAUCUCGACCAAACCCAAGUAUGUGGUAUGGCAAGACGGAGACUCGGGGGCUGAGAGGACUCUGUGGGUCAAAGGCAGCCCGGGCGCUGGCAAGUCCAUCCUUGCUGGCUAUGUGAUCGAAAGUCUGAAAGAGUCUGGCCGUCACUGCAGCUACUUCUUCUUCAAGCAGGGCGAUGCUUCAAAAGCCAGCUUGAACCGAUGUCUCCGUACGCUGGCUUUCCAGAUGGCUUGCUGUGACGACACCGUCGCCAACGCUAUUUUGGAGAUGCAGGCUGACGGUGUUCGAUUGGAUUAUGCAGACGAGGGUCAUCUUUGGAGGAUUCUCUUCUCGCCUGGCGUACUCAAUGAUAAAAUGGCUAGGCAUCACUGGGUCAUCGAUGCGGCUGAUGAAUGCUCAAGCGACCCAACGGUUUUCAAGGGUCUGUUCUCAAAGAUUGAGAGUACCGUCCCCUUGAGAAUCCUUAUUACAAGCCGAGACACUGCCGACGUGGACCAGCGUUUGUCCUCACUUGAAUUUCAGCCACUGCCAUCACUGGCAGUCACAAUAUCAGAGACGCGCGAAGAUUUCAUACUUCUUAUUGAGCGCAGCACUCAGGCCUUGAGGGUUGUGAAGCCGGAAGAUCCACGCGAGUUCCUUCUGAGCGACGGUCUGGAUUCCGAAUUUGCCAUCGACAAGACCAAGGCUCAUACCCGUAUGGCCCAAAUGUGCCUGAAAUACCUCGCCGGAGAUGAAAUGAAGCCCCCCCGGACCAACCGGCGACGUACAUUUGCGCAGGUUCAGAGGUCGCGACAGGAGUUCUCCCUCUACGCAUGCGCCGCGUACUCGCACCACCUCUCCGGAGCAGACGCCCUGGCCCCCGAGCCAUUGCAUCUAGCAUCCACGUUCUUCGAGUCUAAUGUUCUAAGCUGGAUAGAGGCUGUUGCCGAGGCUAAGAAUCUCACCCAACUUACCCAAACGCGAUAA